AUGAGCAUCACGAUCAUUAUAGAAUUGAUACAGCUUUUUGAAGUCUCUAUGGAUCAGGAAGUUUCAUUUUCAGAUAUCGGGAGAAAACUUAAAGAUUAUUUGGUACAAAAUUAUUUACCCGAUCGAAAUCUUCAAGCAAUAUUGUUAAAUUCAUCAUUGCCUUUGCAUGUCACUGUUCUUGGUUUUUUGAUCAUUACCCAAACGAUUAGAGAUGUCGAGGUUGAUCCACUCAUCGUACCUCGCAAUUACCCCGAAUCGAAAAAAAUAUAUGCGCGUCAAUUGAUUCACCAAUCGGCAGAUCAAGACGAAAUGUAUGCUCAAUUUCUUUUGGCGAUUUCAUAUCGUUCUGGGCUUUGGCAUGUUCGUGAUAAUAGUCAGGCGUUCCAAUGGUAUCAAAAAUCAGUGAGAUCUAAUAACUUGGUAGCAUAUCAUCAUCUGGGAGCUUGUUACCAAUAUUCAAUUGGAUGUAAAAAAGAUAUGGCUAAAGCGUACAAGUGUUAUUCGAAAUUCGGAGAUGGAUUUCAAGACGGGUUGAUGUUAUGUUAUUUCAAGGGAGAGGGUAUCCAAAAAGAUAUUCAUUCAGCUUUAAAAUGCUAUGUGGUUAACCACUAUUCGAUUCGUUUCAUCAGACACCCGUUUUAUUAG